AUGACGCGCCGUAUAGUGCGCACUAUGAUCCAGCUCACCGCGGUGACGCUGCUGACCUUCCUCGUCGUCUUCUUCCUCGACCGCAACUUCCGCGUCCUCCCCAAGUCGAUGCAUCACUACAUGCCUCAGCACCACCACGGUCUGAUUAUCACCGAUAUCACGGUAACAAAAUGCUCCGCCAUCAACGUCUUCUCCUCAUGCAAACUCGACACGGACAAGUGGCACCGCAUUGAGAAGGAUCUGUACCUGGGCAGGUCAUGGACCACGAGCGCAUACGUCCACAUCGCGCGAAAGAAGGAGGAGGAGCUGGUCGCCGAAGACAAGGUGGUGAUGGACGUCUCCGUCGGACGCCUCGACCCGGCGACGGCCAAGAAAGGCGAGGAGGACGAGCGGUGGGAGAGCAGACCCUACGGCCUGUGGGUGAAGCGAUCCUCCAACCAGAAGGAUAGCGACUCGAAAAAGGCCGUCACCGGCAUUGAUGUGCUCUUUGGCGACGACGCCGUCGAGGCCCGCGACGGAUGGGAGAUCACCGGCACUCCGUUGCUCCUGCCGCUCAACGAAGAAGUCCCCGUAACCCACAUUACUGUCCGACGAGGGAGCCAGAAGGAACCUCACAAGCCGCAGCCGCGCAUCCCCGAGAACGGCCGCUUCAAGAUUGUCCAGCUGGCCGAUCUUCAUCUCAGCACCGGCGUCGGAAAGUGUCGCGACGCCGUCCCCGAGACGUACAACGGCGGCGUCUGCGUGGCGGACCCCAGGACGCUGGAUUUCGUCAGCAAGAUUCUCAUCGAGGAAAGGCCGAAUCUGGUCGUGCUAAGCGGAGACCAAGUCAACGGCGAAACCGCUCCCGAUGCGCAGUCGGCCAUCUUCAAAAUCGCCCAAAUUCUCAUCAGACUGAAGAUCCCCUAUGUUUCAAUCUUCGGUAACCACGACGAUGAGGGAUCGCUUCCGCGUGCCGCCCAAAUGCAGAUCCUCGAGUCCCUACCGUAUUCCCUGGCCAAGGCUGGACCCGAAGAGAUUGACGGUGUCGGUAACUAUUACGUCGAGGUCCUUGCUAGAGGCAAGUCGGACCACUCGGCACUCACGCUUUACAUGUUGGACUCUCACGCAUAUUCGCCUGAUGAGCGCAAGUACCACGGCUAUGACUGGAUCAAGCAGAACCAGAUCGACUGGUUCAAGAAGACGUCCACCAGUCUCAAGAAGACGCACAAGGAGUACAGCAAACUUCACAUGGAUCUCGCCUUCAUCCACAUCCCACUGCCCGAGUAUAGAGACGCAGACCUCGCCAUCAAGGGCUCGUGGAAGGAAGGCGUCACUGCGCCCAACUUCAACUCGGGCUUUCGUGAUGCCCUGGUCGAGCAGGGUGUCGUCAUGGUCAGCUGUGGCCACGAUCACGUAAACGACUACUGUUCCCUUUCUUUGGACGGCGAACAGAAACCGGCCCUCUGGAUGUGCUACGCUGGCGGCGUGGGAUUCGGCGGGUAUGCAGGCUACGGCGGAUACCACCGCCGGAUACGCGUCUUUGAGGUCGACACCAACGAGGCUCGCAUCACCACCUGGAAGCGGGUGGAAUGGGGCGACACCUCAAAGAGGAUUGACGAGCAGAUGAUUGUCGAUGCCGGCAGCCCUAUCGGCAUCAGAGAAAAGAAGGCAUAA